AUGCCCGUCAACUACGACGUCCAGGGAAAGGUCGUGGCGCUCACCGGCGGCGCCUCGGGCAUUGGCUACGCAACCGCCCAGCUGCUGUCAUCUCAAGGCGCUCAUGUCUCGCUGGCUGAUGUCAGUGAGAAGGCUCUAAAGGAUGCUGCCGAAUCCUUCUCCAGGGUGCCUGGUGCUGGCAAGGUCAUUUGGACCGUCGUCGAUGUGCGUGACGAGAAGCAGGUCGACGCAUGGGUACAGAAGACGGUCGACGAGCUCGGUCAGCUGGAUGCCGCAAUCAACCUGGCCGGUGUUGUGCCCAAGGUCAUCAACAUCGAGACAGUACAGGAGCACAACACGCCCGACUGGCAGUUUGUUCUGGACGUCAACCUGACUGGUGUUUUCUUCUGCAUGCGCGCUCAACUGCAGCACCUAAAGAACCAAGGCGCUAUUGUCAACGCUGCGUCUAUUGGUGGCACGAUUGGCUUCAAGAAGAACGCUGCUUACGUCGCCGCCAAGCACGGCGUCAUUGGUCUUAGCCGGUCGGCAGCGAAGGAGGUUGGUGACCGCGAGAUCCGAAUUAACUGCAUUGCCCCUGGCAUUAUCGACAGCCCCAUGCAGGCCGCGUCUCGUGCCACACGUGGCGGCGAGAUGGUGUGGCAGAGCCAGAUCCAACGGCGAGGUACCUGCGAUGAGGUUGCCAGCUUGAUUGCGUUCCUCAUUUGCGAUGAAUCAAAGUUUGUCUCGGGCGCCGUCUACCACAUCGAUGGUGGCUGGGUGUGCUAA